GAGUCAUUCAAAGCACAUACUCAGAGAAUACAAUAAGAGAAAAAUAUUAGUGGGGUCAGUGAAAGAGCUCGUUCGCGUAAGCCGUAGGAAGGAUGAGAAAAGGAGAACAUUUUUCGCGGUGACACGGCGAAGAAAUUCUCACACGACGGGAGGCUGCUCGCGUGGGAGAGUAAAGCGUGUGAGAGAGAGAGAGAGAGAUGCAGAGAGAAAGGGAGAGAGAGAGAGAGAGACAGCUUUGGUGGGCGAGUAGCAGGGAGAGAGCUUGCGCCUAGCCAGGUCGACUGGCUCGAGCUUGCGAGCCUUCUAGCAGCAGCCAGUCGCCGGCUGCCGGGCCACGGUCGAGCAUCUCUUCUCGACUAGACGAGCUUAAAGAAAGACUGCGUGCAACGACGACGACGACGACGACGACAACGACGACGACGACGAUGACGACGACGACGACCUCGUAACCCUUUUUCUACAACCCUACAACUACGGAACUUCCUCGAAGAAAAACGAACAAUAUCGACGAAGAAACGUGACUUUCAUCUUCUUUAUCAUUACUUUUCCUCGUCGAUCUGUCGAAAAUAUUUUCUCCCAACUAAAUCAAGUGAAAUCACGCGAAGAGUCAACGUGGCCACGUAAUCGUUCUCUCGCGUGCUAACGAAUCUAAGGAAAACGCUGAAGGAGGGAAAAUAUUACGGUGUGCGUUUACGAUAUAGUGAUAGAGCUCUCGUUCGCUCCUGCUGCUCUUUGGAUCUUCUCUCUCUCUCUCUCUCUCUCUCUCUCUCUACCUCCCGCUCUCUCGAUUUCUCUUAUCUAUUUCUAUCCCUUGGAAAAAAAAGAAGGAAAGAAAGAAAAAAAAGGACCACAUCAAAGAAUCAUGGCGAAUGGCUAACAAGCACGAGUAUCAAGCCCUUUUCUGGACUGAACGUGUUUUUCACCAACGGUGGGACCAUGUGAGGCUUCGACCAUGACGAGUGGCGGACAAAGUGGUGUCUGGAUCGCGAGCGUGAUUAUACUGUCGAUUGGCAGCUGGGUCGGUAGAGUCGGACCGCAACCGGCGGAUAGCGAUCUCGCGUCGUCCCUGACAACGCCGCGAGAGAGACUCGAAGUAGUACGGCAAAUUCUAACGGAGGUACCGCUGAUCGACGGGCACAAUGACCUACCUUGGAAUAUCAGAAACUUUGUUCACAACCAGUUGGCCGAUUUCGACUUCGACAAGGAUCUCCGACAAGUCGCACCGUGGAGCAAGAGCGCUUGGAGUCAAACGGACUUGGUCAGAUUGCGACAAGGCAUGGUCGGUGGUCAGUUUUGGGCCGCUUAUGUGCCGUGCGAGUCUCAGCAUCUCAACGCCGUGCAGCUGACUCUGGAACAGGUCGAUCUAAUAAAACGACUGAUAGAAAAGUAUUCUCAGCAGAUGCAGUUUGCUGCCUCAUCCAAGGAAAUCUUAGAGGCUCACAAAAGAGGCAGAAUUGCUUCGCUCAUCGGCGUGGAAGGAGGACAUAGUCUAGGAAGUAGUCUAGCCGUUUUAAGGACGCUUUAUCACCUGGGCGUAAGAUAUUUGACGCUAACGCACAGGUGUAACACACCGUGGGCGAAAAGUUCCUCCGCGGAGGAGGACGACGAGGACGGAGGAGGUCUAACGGCGUUCGGCAAGACUGUGGUGCGAGAGAUGAAUAGACUAGGCAUGCUGAUAGACCUCAGCCACACGGCCAGAGCAACAAUGAGGGAUGCCCUGAAAGCGACCAAAGCACCUCUGAUCUUUUCACAUUCCUCGGCUUUCGCCAUUUGUAAUUCCUCGAGAAACGUGCCCGAUGACAUUUUAAAACAGCUGGCUGACAACGACGGAUUGGUGAUGGUGACCUUUUAUAAUUAUUUCGUCAAGUGUGGUUCUCAAGCGACUAUCUCGGACGUGGCAGAGCAUAUUUAUUACAUUAGAAAUCUUAUCGGCGUCGAUCAUAUCGGAGUAGGUGGAGAUUUUGAUGGUAUCAACAAAACUCCGAGGGGUCUUGAGGACGUUUCCAAAUAUCCCGAAUUGUUUGCGGAACUUCUUCGUAGCGGCAAAUGGAACGUGCACGAUCUGAAGAAGGUGGCCGGUUUAAAUUUAUUGAGAGUCUUCAAAAAGGUGGAACGCGUGAGGGACGAUAUGAGAACGGAUGGUGUUACGCCGUCCGAAGAAUAUCUUCAGAAUUCUCCAGAUGUCAGCGGGAAUUGCGCCUUGGACACUAAUACCGUGCAAAGAGGCGUAGAAGUCUAAGUCUUACUCCUGGCAAUCUCUCAUUCGUUACUCUUGGUCAUUUUCAAGAUGACGAGGAGGGACAGUGGUAAAAGACCGAUCGAGGUCAACGAGGGCGAACCAAAGAAAAAGAGACAGCAUGCAGCUUCCUUUCUAUGACCUGCUCACUUUCAAAGCCUUUACUUUCUUGAUCCAAGCCAUGGAAAAAAUGGCUCGUGAAGAAUCCCAUCGUGUCGUUAACCUACCUCGGAACUCGUUCUUACGGAAGUGAUGAGCAACGAGCCAAAAGAGAGAGAAAAUAUAUAGAGAUAAGUUAUUUUACAUAUAUUUUUUUUCUCCAUACUGGAUAUUCUGGCAUUCAUUUUUAGAUUUUUCAGACAGAUCGUCCUUUCUGAAUUCUUUUUCAUGGUUUCUUUCACAUACAUACACACACACACACACACACACAAUUCAAUCAUAUUUAUUUUCUAUACAAUACAGAUAGUGAGCAUCAUAAUUGAUCGAUACAAAUUUUCCAUCGUUGCUAUUACUUCCGUCGUUUCUACUCUAUAAAUAAAAA